UGAUUGGCCGUCUUCCCUCUCCUCCCAUGUGGAGUGGGAAGGGGGGCGGGGAUAGUGCGGGCCAAUCGGGGCAGGCGUCGGGGGCGGGGCUGGGAAUCCGGUUCCAAACCGAGGUGCCGGCAGGUGCAGGGGUCCUGGAGCCCAGCUCCGGGCGAGCCGGCCAGCAUGACCCGAGGUGUGGGGCUAGACGACGAGCUGCCUGACUGGGCCGGCGCCAAGGAGUUCUACCAGAAGUAUGACCCCAAGGACGUCAUCGGCAGGGGCGUGAGCAGCGUGGUGCGGCGAUGUGUGCACAAGCAGACGGGGCAGGAGUUUGCGGUGAAGAUCAUCGAGGUGACCUCGGAGCGCAUGACCCCGCAGCAGCUGGAGGAGGUGCGGACCUCCACGGGCAAGGAGAUUGCCAUCCUGCGUCAGGUGGCAGGGCACCCCUACAUCAUCACACUCAUCGAUUCCUACGAGUCGUCCACAUUCAUGUUCCUGGUGUUUGAUCUGAUGCGGCGUGGGGAGCUCUUUGACUACCUGACGGAGAAAGUGACCCUGAGUGAGAAGGAGACCAGGUGCAUCAUGCGAGCGCUGCUGGAGGCGGUGAGCUACUUGCAUGCCAGCCACAUCAUCCACCGUGACCUGAAGCCCGAGAACAUCCUCAUGGACGAUCAGCUCAAUAUAAAGCUCUCCGACUUCGGCUUCUCCUGCCGGCUGGAGCCAGGGCAGAAACUGCGGGAGCUGUGCGGGACCCCCGGGUACCUAGCCCCAGAGAUCCUCAAGUGCUCCAUGGAUGAGACGCACCCGGGCUACAGCCAGGAAGUGGACCUGUGGGCAUGUGGUGUGAUCUUCUUCUCCCUGCUGGCCGGCUCGCCCCCGUUCUGGCACCGCAAGCAGAUGCUGAUGCUGCGCAUGAUCAUGGAGGGGCACUACCAGUUCAGCUCUCCGGAGUGGGAUGACCACUCCGACACAGUCAAGGACCUGAUCUCGCGGCUGCUGCGUGUGGAGCCGUCGGAGCGGCUAACGGCGGAGCAGGCCCUGCAGCAUCCCUUCUUCGAGCGCUGCGUGGGGCGCCCGGUCCGGCUGUUCAGCCCCUACCGACGGUUCAGGGUGCUGGUGUGGACGGUGCUGGCCUCCAUCCGCAUGUUCAACAGCUACCGGGUGCGCACGCGGCCGGUGACGCGGGAGCUGCUGCUGCGCGACCCCUAUGCGCUGAAGGGUGUGCGCAAGCUCAUCGACGCCUGCGCCUUCCGCAUCUACGGCCACUGGGUGAAGAAGGGCGAGCAGCAGAACCGCGCCGCCCUCUUCGAGAACCUGCCCAAGGCCCUGCUGCUGGCCCUAAUGGGCGCUGAGGGCGAGGGGGCGGAGCUGGGCCAGGGCGAGGAGGCGGAGCACUACUACAGCACCACUGCUCCUCUCCACUAGGAGGCAGGGACCAGGCUGGGCUGCGGGAGAUCCCGGGGUGGCCCCCCAUAGCCUGGGAACCGCAAGUAGGGGGGGUGGGGGAUGGUUGCACUGAACGUCAAGCCAGGGGAACACCCUCCCCCCCCAGGGAGUGCAGGGGGGCCCUAGUGCAGGUUUGUCCAGGAUUUCUGGGAUAGGAAGGGGCAGUCCUGCCUGGGUGAGGUUUAGGGACCCCGUGUGUGUCUGGGGGAGGGGAGUGGCUGGCAUGCUGUGUGCAUAUGUCUAGGAUGCGGGGGCAGCUCGCACCCCCUGCCCUUGGCUUCUUUUUACUGGCUCAGUAUUGCAUCCUGGGAGAGAUGGGGCCAAAUCCUCCCCUCCGCCCAGAUGGCAGAGUUGGGGAGAUGGGGCCAAAUGCUCCCCGCUCCCCGCUGGGCUCAGCCAGGCCCCGUUGAUGUAGCUUGGUUAAUUUUUAUGUUUUUCCUGUAGUCUGAAUUCCUGUGAAUUAGAAUAAAAAUCUAUUGUGACCCCUA